UGGGGCGCGCCGUUUUUCGUAGUUGCAGAGCUGGGAGCGGUCGUUGCUUGUCAUUGUUACAUCGACGGUUUUUUUCACUCCAAAACAAAAAAUGCGUGAAAUCGUCCAUAUUCAGGUUGGCCAGUGUGGAAAUCAGAUCGGCGCAAAGUUCUGGGAGGUGAUCUCCGACGAGCACGGCAUCGAUCCAACCGGCAGCUACCACGGCGAUUCGGACCUUCAGUUGGAAAGAAUCAACGUUUACUACAACGAGGCCUCCGGUGGCAAGUAUGUGCCUCGUGCCAUCCUUGUUGACCUUGAGCCGGGAACCAUGGACUCGGUACGGUCUGGACCCUUUGGCCAGCUCUUCCGGCCAGACAACUUUGUGUUUGGCCAGAGUGGUGCCGGCAACAACUGGGCCAAGGGCCACUAUACAGAGGGUGCGGAACUGGUGGACUCUGUCCUGGACGUAGUGCGCAAAGAGGCAGAGGGCUGCGACUGCCUGCAGGGCUUCCAGCUGACCCACUCCCUGGGUGGGGGCACUGGCUCUGGCAUGGGCACCCUGCUCAUCUCAAAGAUCAGGGAAGAGUACCCGGACAGGAUCAUGAACACCUUCAGCGUGGUGCCUUCCCCCAAGGUUUCGGACACCGUGGUGGAGCCUUACAACGCCACCUUGUCUGUGCACCAGCUAGUGGAAAACACGGAUGAGACCUUCUGCAUCGACAAUGAGGCCCUCUACGACAUCUGCUUCCGCACCCUGAAGCUCACCACACCCACCUACGGCGACCUUAACCACCUGGUCUCUGCGACCAUGUCCGGUGUUACCACCUGCCUUAGGUUCCCCGGCCAGCUAAAUGCCGACCUGCGCAAACUGGCAGUGAACAUGGUGCCCUUCCCACGGCUGCACUUCUUCAUGCCCGGCUUCGCCCCCCUGACGUCUCGCGGCAGCCAGCAAUAUCGGGCCCUGACCGUGCCAGAGCUGACCCAGCAGAUGUUCGAUGCCAAGAACAUGAUGGCCGCCUGCGACCCCCGCCACGGCCGCUACCUCACGGUGGCUGCCAUCUUCCGCGGGCGCAUGAGCAUGCGAGAGGUGGACGAGCAGAUGCUCAAUGUGCAGAACAAGAAUUCCAGCUACUUCGUGGAGUGGAUCCCGAACAAUGUCAAGACCGCCGUCUGCGACAUUCCGCCCCGUGGCCUCAAGAUGUCUGCCACCUUCAUUGGCAACAGCACUGCCAUCCAGGAGCUGUUUAAAAGAAUCUCGGAGCAGUUCACUGCCAUGUUCCGUCGCAAGGCUUUCCUCCACUGGUACACCGGAGAGGGCAUGGAUGAGAUGGAGUUCACGGAGGCAGAGUCCAACAUGAAUGACCUGGUGUCCGAGUACCAGCAGUACCAAGAGGCCACGGCCGACGACGAAGGGGAGUUCGACGAGGACGAAGAUGCCCAGGCAGAGGCUUGAACAGCUUUGCUCUCUACCGUUUAGCUAACCAAGCGUUACAAGUGCAUCCAUUGCAUCCUUAAAUUGUCACUUGCCUCUUUUGUACAAUUUGUUUUCAUUGUGCAAGUCUUCAAAUUGGUUUUUCACUUGUUCCUCUUCCUCUUUUCGGACAAAUAAAAGCCUUGUUUGUUCGAA